CCCUCCACAAACGCUGAGCGAUGGUCGGAGCGCAGUCGCGCUUAUGGGCGAGACACACUUUCUGUUUUUUUCUUCCUCGCACCAAUCGCCAAGGAAACGCUCCCGCGCUGAAAUGAACCAGAGCCCGGUCUUCUGCGCGGAUUGACACGGAAACUUUUACGAUGGCCGCAAAGGCGCAAAAGUAGCCGCAAAAGAGCACGAGAGAGACUGCGAGCGAUAUAUAUAUAUAUAUAAAUAUAUAUGUAUAUAUAUAGAGAGAAGGAGAAAUCUCUCCGCUCAGCUCAGCUCGCCACCACACGCAGGCGCAGGGCUAGAAUGUACGCGGUGAGAGCCCACUGCAGUUUCUAACGGCGAGACGUUUUUAUUUUUUCUUUUUUCUUUUUUUUUUUUUUUUUUUUUUUUUAAAUAUACAGCAGAGUCGGCCUCCUGAAAUCCGUUUUGUUUUUGUUUUCUUUCCCCCACCUCUCCUGCUCUUCAGUCGCAACUCUGUUUCCGAGGCUGUUGUUUUUGAACCGCUGAUAGAUCAUAAUUAUGGCGGGGAAAGGGACAUCACAAGGCACGGGAAUAUUGCUGGUGACGGCCAACGUCGGCUCUCUCUUCGAAGAUCCUGAAAACCUUCAGAAGACAUGGCUGCGGGAGUUCUAUCAGACGGUGCACACACACAAACCACACUUUGUGGCGUUACACUGUCAAGAAGUGGGCGGGAAAAAUUACGAGGAGUCCAUGGCACAUGUGGACAGCUUCGUCAAAGAGUUACUGUCCAGCGACGCCAUGAAGGAGUACAACAGAGCCCGUGUCUACCUCGACGAGAACUACAAGUCCCCGGAGCAUUUCACAGCACUAGGAAGUUGCUACUUUAUACACGAAUCCUUAAAAACCAUCCACCAGUUUGAUUUCAAAGCCAAGAAGUUCAAGAAGGUGGUUGGCAAGGAGAUCUACUCGGACACUUUAGAGAGCACGUCCAUGCUGGAGAAAGCAAAGUUCCCUCAAGACUACUUUCCUGAGUGCAAAUGGUCCAGAAAAGGCUUUAUCAGGACUCGCUGGGCUAUGGGGGACUGUGCCUUUGACCUGGUGAAUAUUCACCUGUUCCACGAUGCCUCCAACCUGGUGGCCUGUGAAAACAGCCCUUCUGUUUACUCAGCCAUACGACAGAAAGCUCUCGGCUACGUUCUGGACAGGAUCACAGAUCAGCGUUAUGAGAAGCUGCCAUAUUUCCUCUUUGGCGAUUUUAACUUCAGGUUGGACUCAAAGCAGGUUAUAGAGAGUCUGUGUUCUACAGCCACCAUGCAGACGGUUCGAACUGCAGACAACACACAAGUGGACAAGCUCAUAUUCCGAGAGUCCGACAAUGACCGCAAGGUUGUGCUACAACUCGAAAAGAAGCUUUUUAACUACAUUAACCAGGAUGUUUUCCGGGAAAACAAUGGAACGCUGCUAUUAGAGUUUGAUAAAGAGAAGGCUGUCUUUAAGGAUCGUUUGCAAGAGCUGGAGAUCUCCUUUCCUCCCAGCUACCCGUACAGUGAGGACAGCAGUCAGGGGAAGCAGUACAUGAAUACGCGAUGCCCAGCCUGGUGUGACCGCAUCCUCAUGUCUUCUUCUGCCAAAGACCUGGUUGUAAAGCCAGAGACUGAGGAGAAGGCAAUAACAUAUGAUAAUAUAGGGCCCAAUGUCUGUAUGGGGGACCACAAGCCUGUUUUCCUGUCCUUUCGAUUAACCACAGGGGCAGGUAAACCUAAUGCAAAUAAGCACAAGUGUUGUGUCAUGCAGUGAUGUGAUAUAUGCUGCCAAAGAAUGGAGGGGAUUUCACCACAAGCGACCCUGUGAGAAACUCUGAGACAGCUGGACACACACACACACACACACACACACACACACACACACACACACACACACACACACUCUCUCUCUCUCACACACACACCCACAGAAAACCCUGAUAAGACUUUUCAGCAGGACUGACCAGUCGUAGUGAAACAAGUGCAAGCCAGCACACCGAUAGAAAUGGCAGCAUGUGCCCAAGAGAGAUUUAAGAUUCAAGAACACACACUGAACGUCAAACACACACACACAGCUCAUGCCGCUCUCUUCUCUCGUUGGACACUUUUCCUGCAACCUUUUCCCAGAACACCAUCACAGCAACAAACAACAUAAAAGGACAACCCUUAUAUGACAUAACCUUGUUGCCAAAACUCUAAUAGAAAAUCAGAAGUACUACAUAUUUUAAAGACAAUACUUGCGACUUUUAGAUAUGCCUCUACAUUAUAGAAGAUAUCUUGUGUAAGAUGUUUUAAGAAGUGCAAUGCAAAAAAAAAAAAUGUUGUAUAUGUAUAGUGUUAGGUUUAUUUGUACAUUGGAUUAUUAUAUAGUGGUGUUGAUGUUUUUAGUGCUGUUUUCUUUCUCUUGUGGCAAGCUUGUGCGGUGUCUGUUGGAUUAGGUUAGCUUUUUUUUUUUAAUUUGUUUUUAAGUUCAUUUCAAAAAUUGACUAGUUUACUUUAUUUCCUUUCCUUUCUUUCCUUAUGCUCUUUUGAUUUGUCGUUGCUGACUCGUGUGCCCAGCACACACUGCCACGUCUGACAUCCAACAAGUCUCAUUUUAUAUACUGUACAUUUUAAAGAGAUAAUUUAUUAUUCUUACCAAAAUGAUUACACUGAGGUAUGGAUAGAAACCUGCCGCUUGUCAGCUGAACCAUUCGAAUAGUUAGUUAUAUAUUAAAACACACACGCCAUCUGAAGUGCAACUUUUUUGCAUAUGAUUUUCACGUAGCCUAUCUGAGCUAUUCUAACCAGUGUCAUAGGCCAUGCAAGUAGCUAUAUAAGAUAUUGCUUCAUAUAGCAGUCUCACUUGGUUAUUGCAUUAUUAUUCUUAUCCUAACUUAUUUCUGUGUAAUAAUAUGGUUCUGAAUGUGAUAUUUUAGAUAGGCUUGGGUAGCUUUAAAAAAAAAAAAAAAAGUAAACUUUUUGUUCAUUUGUUUAAGUUUUUUUCUUUUGUUACUGCGUCAUGGUGCCAAGUAUAUUGUACACAGCAGACAGGUGUGCGUUAAGAGUUUGUGCAGUCGAUAGGAGGAAACCCGGCGCUUUUCAGGGCCACGCUGUAAACCGGGUACUAGUGGUAUGAACAGUGUGCCAAAACACCACGCCACAUUAUAUUGAGACACACUUUAGUGUGGUGUAGUAUGCGGUUUGGGACGUGGCCUAUUUCACCUUUAAUACGCUCGCGCCGCUCGUUAGAGCUUUAAAAUGGCGAUUAGCAGUCGGCCGACAUUUCCUCAUAUCGAUUUUAAUUUAGUACACUACAUAGUUCACAGCCCGUAUGAAGCAGCUAGUUUGAUAUUUGGAUUUCUUUAUUAUUUUAUAUUUUAUUUCCUCAUUUAAAUCACCGUAAGUGAGAAUGAAUUUGCAGCCAAAAUUCAUGUCGUCUUAAGAGUAGUUUCCCAAACUGGCAACGCCUACUAAAUAGUGUCAAAAGAAUGUGCUAACUAUAAUGUGAAAUAGCCCACUACUUUUGACAUUGCAGGCCUGUUUGUUGCAUUAAUGUGAGGUUUUUGGGAGAAAAUAAGGCGUCACAGAGACGACACGAAUGUAUUUUGUUAGCCAAAAUUUCCGACGUACUGUUUAGUAGUAGCCUGCUAUUUAGUACGGUAGUAUGCCAUUUUGGACACUGCUCCCCUUGCCGCCGGUCACGUGAUGCGGUAUGUUCCCUCUGUAAUAGCAGAUAGAAAUUAAACUCCAUGGGUGGCCUGGCCUCUUCAAGCAAUAAAACCAUUAGAACUGAACAA